UAUGUUUAGUACAAGUAUCAAAGCUCAGGCGUUAGAAUGUUUUGGAAAGCUGCUUUAUUCAAUUAUCGAUCAGAGAGAAGAUAAUAGCGAAAUAAAAGUUGUUAAUGGAAAAUUAUUGAAACUUUUUGACGAUAUGAUAAAUAGAAAAAUUAACUAUUUACGUGAAGCCAGAGAAAGAUGUCCUCGUUAUUCACCUGAUAGAAGACUGAAAAUUUUAAGGAACACUUUAGGUAGCCAUUUGGUAUUGACUAUAGACGAUCCUGGGGAACCUCAAAAGAAAAAGCCCUUUUAUGGACCAAAACGUUUAAGCAGCAGUAGAGAACGUACUAUAAGCAUUACAAGUAGCGAUAGUAGUAUUUAUGAUAUUGAUGAUACUGACGAAGAAAUUGAAGAAAUACCUAUUGUUAAAUAA